GAAGAGGAAGGGGAUGGGAAGUGUUUGUGUGUAUCUGAAAAGCUGAGUAGAUUUUGGAGUGCUCUAGCUUUCACCUCCCACUGGGUGGAGUAGGGGCUUUAAGAGCAGCUGGAAUGUAGUUUCCAUGAUCAGAGUUGAGCCAAUUGUUGCCUGCCUGUACCUCUGCCAGUCCUGAAAGGGUAGUGCUCUGAGCAGCUCAGCUCAGCUCAGCUCAACCAGCAGGCGCUUCCUUUGCACCCACCUCUCAGAGCAGUGCUGCCCGGCUAAGCAAGGAGCUCUCGUUUGCAGGGAAGAAGCAUUUCACUGUUCCUAACAUGGGAGAUGAUGCUGUGCAAGCUGAAAAGUUCCAGGCUAGAGAUAACCCUGGCCCAGACGCACUGCUGCGCCAGGAAAAGGCAUCCAAUGCCAGCCUGGUGCCAUCGUCCACCCCAAGUCCCAGCUUGAACUGUGUGACCACAGAUGAGUCAAUCCGGGAGAGCUCCCAGGUGAACGCUGUCACGGUGCUUACCCUUCUGGACAAGCUGGUGAAUAUGCUGGACACAGUGCAGGAAAACCAGCACAAAAUGGAGCAGCGGCAGAUCAACCUGGAGGGCUCCGUCAAGGGCAUCCAGAAUGACCUCACUAAGCUGUCCAAGUACCAGACCUCCACAAGCAACACAGUCAGCAAACUCUUGGAGAAAUCCCGAAAAGUCAGCGCACACACCCGAGAGGUCAAGGAGCGCAUGGAACGCCAGUGUGCCCAAGUGAAGAGGCUGGAGAGCAAUCAUGCCCAGCUCCUGAAGAGAAACCACUUUAAAGUGCUCAUCUUUCAGGAAGAAAAUGAGAUCCCCACCAGUGUGUUUGCAAAAGAGCCUGUUCCCAGCAUAACCGAAGGAAAGGAAGAGUCUGUAGAUGAGAACAAGUCUCUAGAAGAGACCUUGCAUACUGUGAACCUGUCAUCCGAUGAUGAAAUACCUAAUGAAGAGGAUGCCCUGGAAGACAGUACUGAGGAAAAGGUGGAAGAAAGCAGGGCAGAGAAAAUAAAAAGAUCAAGUCUCAAGAAAGUGGAUAGCCUCAAGAAAGCCUUUUCUCGCCAAAACAUUGAGAAGAAGAUGAACAAGUUAGGCACAAAGAUUGUAUCCAUGGAAAGGAGAGAGAAGAUUAAGAAAUCUUUCACCACCAACCACCAGAAGACAUCAUCAGGGAAAAGCUCCCCUUUCAAAGUAUCUCCCCUUACUUUUGGUCGGAAGAAAGAUCACGAAGGAGAGGGCCCUGCUGAAGAAGAGACCAAGCGGGUGGAGACACCAGCCAGUGAGAAGGCCCUGACUGAGAAUGAAGAGAGUUCUUUCACUGAGGCCCCUUCAGAUGCAUCUUUCCCUACAGCUCAAGUGGAAGAGAAUACAGCCAAAGAUGUUCAGGAGAAGCCUGUCACAAGAGAGAGCAACCCAGCAACAAAGAACAUUGAGCUGUCAAUUGUUGAAGAUGAAGAGUUUGAAAUGGCCCAGGAAUACUCUCAAAAGAACCAUGAUGACCGCUACAGACUCACCAUUGGAGAGACAGAACAGUCUGAUGAAGAGCAAGCCCAACCUGCUGUUCUCCAAAUAGACCAAACAGCAUAACUUCUGAGUUUUCUUUCAUGCCUCCACCUCCCAUAAGGUUCAGUUAAGUGAAUAACCAAAGUCUAUGAAUAAGCUGCUGUCUAUCUCCAGUGUUAUUGAUUCACUUUGUUACUUGUUAUUUCCUUUGCAAUAAUAAUUUAUUUCAUAGUAGUAUCACCCAGAAUGACCAAGACUUACUGCUAUGUAGGCAACCUAUCUGGUGCUCUAUGUCUCUUUAUCUCUCUUACUAGUUUGGCUCCAUUCAUAUAGAAAUUCUGUGAGCAUUAAUGAAAAAAAAAAAAGAAAUUAAGCAAUUGGGGGGGGAUAAAAGCUAAUAGAUUUGGCUUAGAGCAACCAACAGAUGACUGGGAUACCAGUCAUGAUACCUCUGAUUCAAUGUUUCCUCUCUUACAAUAAUUUCAUAGUUUAGUGAAUAAUGUAGCAAAAACAUAGUGUUAACAGAAUCUGAUUUCCCAUACUUAUGCUAACUGUGAAUUACUGAUCGUUUUGGUGGAUAUAUUGUAUAUAUAUAUGUGUAUUUUACUUAGGUUCCAUUGCACUUGAAGCCUAAAGCAUUUGCAGAAGAUAGAGGUUAGAAUAUGACAUUCAUUUAAAAGAAACUACUGUAUUAUAUUACAAAUGGAGAAGUCAUCAAAAAGAGAGAGAGAGAAAGAAAAAAGUAUAGACAGGCCUAAUGAGCCAAAGCAAAAGAAGAAAAAAGAGAGGCAGAGGAAAAGUGGUAGAGAGAGAAAUAAGUAGAAGUAGGAAAGGGGACAGGGAAUGAGAGGAAGAGGGAAAAAUGAAAAAUAGAAAGAGAUGGGGGAAAAUGCUUGUAGUAUUAACCUAACUAAUUCAUUCCUUAAAUAACACCAUUUAAUGCUUUCUUAUACCCUGAAAUAGUAUUUUACUAAAUAGCAUCUUUGAAACAUUGUGUCAGCAGCUAUUUUGAAAAUAAUAUAGUAGAUACAUAAUUUGUACAGUAUUAAAGCAGAAAAGUAACAAGAAUGUAAUGUUUUCUUAAUGAAAAUAAUAAACUUUAAAUGUUUUUCUGAGGAAACUCCAGAGGAUAUGCUCUAGAUAAAGAUGAAAUUACUUAGGGAACAGCAAAUACCAAUCAAUAGAUGCAAGGUUUUGCCAAGAGUUACAUCUUCCUCUGCCUUCAUUUUAUAAUUUCCAAGUUGAAGCUACCUGUGUUCUCCUGUUAUAGAGU